GAGCCACACAAAGCACGGGAGGUAUUUAAGCCCCUGCAGAGCCCCCUGAAACCUCUUCUGAGCUCCAAACCCCGAGGGCUGAGGACACGGGGUGGUUUCCUUACCUUUUCAGCAGGGGAUCACUUUCAGCUGACUCUGGUAGAGCCACUAUGACUGAAACAACAGGUUACUCAGGGGGUGGGUUUGUCCAUGUUAAAAACCCGCACUUGGACUCGAUGGAGGAGGACAUCCUGUACCACUUGGACUUGGGAACGAAGACACACAACCUGCCAGCAAUGUUUGGGGACAUAAAGUUUGUCUGCGUGGGCGGCAGCCCCAACAGGAUGCGGGCGUUCGCGCAGUUCAUGCGGCGGGAGCUGGGCCUGGCGGGCGCCGGGGAGGAGCUGCCGGACAUCUGCGCGGGGUCGGACCGCUACGCCAUGUACCGGGCGGGGCCCGUGCUCUCCAUCAGCCAUGGGAUGGGCAUCCCUUCCAUUUCCAUCAUGCUUCAUGAGCUGAUCAAACUGCUGCACCAUGCAAAAUGCCGGGACGUCACUAUUAUCCGCAUCGGUACUUCGGGAGGCUUAGUUUGGCAGCAGGUCACAGGUGUUACGAGCUCUGGCUUAGCCCCAGUUUCCCUGUGCCCAGGGAUCGAGGCCGGCUCAGUGGUGAUCACGGACACGGCCGUGGACUCCUCGUUCCAGCCGCGCUUCGAGCAGGUGGUGCUGGGGGACGUGGUGGUGCGGAGCUCCGAGCUGGACAAGGACCUGGCAGAGGAACUGCUUGCCUGCAGCAGGGAGAUGGCAGACUUUCCCACACUCAUCGGCCGUACCAUGUGCACCUAUGACUUCUACGAAGGUCAGGGGAGAUUAGACGGUGCACUGUGCUCCUUUUCCAGUGAAAAAAAGUUGGAGUACUUGAGAAGAGCUUAUGAUGCUGGUGUAAGGAACAUUGAAAUGGAGUCCACAGCAUUCGCUGCCCUGUGUGGGCUGUGUGGUCUCAAAGCCGCCGUUGUCUGCGUGGCGCUCCUGGACCGGCUGCAGGGGGACCAGAUCCGGGCAUCCCACGAGGUGCUGUGGGAGUACCAGCAGCGGCCCCAGCGCCUGAUUGCCGCCUUCAUCCGCCAGCGGCUGGGGCUGGGCCCCGCGGGCCGAUCCCAGCACUGACCCCACUGACCACGGCACGGGCACGGCCUGCCACAGCACGGCCCCUGCUCUGGGAAAUGGCAAAGACACUCGGCCACAGCACGGCCCCUGCUCUGGGAAAUGGCAAAGAGACUCGGCCACAGCACGGCCCCUGCUCUGGGAAACGGCAAAGAGACUCGGCCACAGCACGGCCCCUGCUCUGGGAAACGGCAAAGACACUCGGCCACGCCGCACUCCCACGGCAGAGAGCCCUCCACAGCCGAGGGGAGCGGCCGCACCCUACGGACACUGCUGUGCAGGAGCUGCAGGCCUCCAGCUCGGCUGCAAUGGCUCCGACACAUGUGCAUGUCCAAGGACAGCUCCAACCUCCAGCACAGCUGGAAUGACACACGUGCACACCCAAGGACAGCUCCAACCUCCAGCACAGCUGGAAUGACACACGUGCACACCCAAGGACAGCUCCAACCUCCAGCACAGCUAGAAUGGCUCUGACACACAUGCACACUCGAGGACAGCAGCUCUAGCCAAAAUUUGCACAGAAAACAAGGCUGUGUUACUGAGCUGCAGGUUGUGUUACUGAGCUGCAGGUUCCUCACUCCCAGCUCCACUCAUCGUAAAGGACUGUCCUGUUAAGGUCACUCCUGUCCACGGUGAUCCUGUAGGAAGGAGAUCCCUUUGCUUUGGGCAUAAAGCCAAAGCCUAAGUAAAUGACAUCCAAAAUUAA